CGGAGAGUGCGGAACUGAAGCAAAUGGUGAUGAGCCUGCGGGUGUCGGAGCUGCAGGUGUUGUUGGGGUACGCUGGGCGCAACAAACACGGACGCAAGCACGAGCUGCUGACCAAGGCGCUACACCUGCUGAAGGCCGGCUGCAGCCCCGCCGUGCACAUGAAGGUCAAAGAGCUCUACCGACGACGAUUCCCUGCCAAAAUGAUAUCUCACUCAGAGCUGGCCAUGCCCGGGCCACACCACCCGGCCACAGCUGGCGUGGUCGGAGGAGGGGGCGCCGCACUGCCCGCCGGCCUGACGCAGCUGGCGUAUGAGGGUCACGGUGGAGCCCCGUCGCCCGCUGCCUUACUGCCUCUCUCACUGCUCGGCCCUGGGAAGCACGAGUUGACCGGGCUGACGCACCACCUGUCCAGCUCGUCCACGCUGCACCCGGUCCACCCAGAUGUCAAGCUCCAGAGGCUGCCCUUCUACGACAUGCUGGACGAGCUCAUCAAGCCAACCAGUCUAGCAUCAGACAACAGCCAGCGAUUUCAGGAGACGUGUUUCGCCUUCGCAUUAACGCCACAACAAGUCCAGCAGAUCAGCAGCUCGAUGGACAUCUCGGGGACCAAAUGUGAUUUCUCAGUUCAAGUGCAGUUGCGGUUUUGCCUGUCGGAGACGAGCUGUCCUCAGGAAGACCAUUUCCCACCCAAUCUGUGUGUGAAAGUCAACGGGAAGCCAUGUAACCUGCCGGGUUACCUUCCUCCAACCAAAAACGGCGUAGAGCCCAAGCGGCCAAGCCGGCCCAUCAACAUUACCUCACUGGUCAGAUUGUCCACCACAGUUCCCAAUACCAUUGUGGUGUCGUGGACCGCUGAGAUUGGAAGGAGUUACUCCAUGGCAGUGUACUUGGUGAAGCAGCAGUCAUCCACAGUGUUGUUACAGAGACUACGGGCAAAAGGCAUCAGAAACCCGGACCACUCCAGAGCGCUCAUCAAAGAGAAGCUAACAGCAGAUCCAGACAGUGAAAUAGCCACGACGAGCCUUCGAGUGUCGCUGCUCUGCCCGCUGGGGAAGAUGCGCCUGAUGAUCCCAUGCCGGGCGCUGACAUGCUCCCACCUGCAGUGCUUUGACGCCACACUGUACAUCCAGAUGAACGAGAAGAAGCCCACCUGGGUGUGUCCUGUCUGUGACAAGAAGGCCCCCUAUGAACACCUCAUCAUCGACGGGCUUUUCGUGGAGAUCCUCAACAGCUGCAUGGACUGUGAUGAGAUCCAGUUCAAGGAAGAUGGCAGCUGGGCCCCCAUGAGGUCUAAGAAAGAAGUGCAGGAGGUCUCAUCUGCUUCCUAUAACAACGGGCUGGAUGGUUCAUGUCGAACGUCUGCCGGCUCGGAUCAGCGGAGCUCGUCGUCGUCCAGCCACGGUGGCAGCGACAGCAGCAAUAGCAAGAAAGUGGAGGUGAUCGACUUGACACUGGACAGCUCCUCAGAUGACGAAGAGCAGGAUUCACCGCCUUCGCCGCCGCCACCACUGCCUCCUCCACCCAAAAGGCCGUGUCCCUCUAUGUCCCCGCCGUCACCGCCCAUCAUCAACAAAGGAGUGUUGAACCUGCACCACCAGGCCUCUCCUGUGAGCUGUACUCCCAGCAUGCCAGCCGUGGACACCAGCUACAUCCCUCCUGUCCCCCCACUCAUCCAGGACUAUAGACCCUACUACCACACCCCCAACGACCUGUCUGAGUUGAACUUCUUCUCUUUUCUUCAAAGCGACAAUCAUCAGCAUUACAACAUGGUGAUGGCAGCAGCGGCCGCCGCUUCAGCCUCAGACGACCACGAGCUGCUUCUCAACCGCUUCCUGCCCUACAGCACCUCGUCCUCCUCGUCCCAGCUGUUCCUCGACCAAUCCGGAGCCUCCUCGGCCCCUUCGCUGUCCGCGCCGACCAACGGGGCGAGCAACUCGGGCAGCAGCAGCAGCCUGGUGUCAUCCAGCAGCCUCCGCGACACUCACUCCACACACUCGUCUUCACACUCGGGCUCACACUCCUCACUCACACACCCCGGAGUGGUGGCCAGCCUGAGCAGCGCUGAAGCAGCAGUGGCAGCUAUUUACGGCGGGAUACCUGAUGUUAUAUCGUUGGACUGACUGGAGAACAGUCGAGACUACACUUUGGGUCCAUCUGCGAUCCGGUGACAAACUUUUUUGACUGCAGGGUAAAGUUUUGAUCCAGAAACUAGACUGGCCCCAAGCCAUCACACUUGGAGGCGUAAUGACAAGACUGCUUCAAGAAGAGCACUAAUAUUUUGAGAGGGUCCGCUUCACUAGACUGACCUGAGAACAGUACCGAGUCAUCACGGAAACGGGUCAGCGGUGGACGUUCUGUUUGCAAACGGACUUCAGAUCAGAAACCUGUCCAGCAUGUGAAGCCACGUAACUGAGAUACUGGUGCCAACCCGGCACAAACAGCAAAGACUGGACUUGAGCAAGAAAUACAAAGGAGGAAUGCUCUUUUUUACAAAAACGAAGAGUUGGCACCGUGUACAGAGAACAAAAUAUAUUUUACUCUUUUACUUUUGUAUGUUAAAUCGGGACAUUUUCAGUCUAGUGAGCUGCUUCAAUCGCUGUUAUUAAGUGGAGGACUGAGGUUUUAUUUGGUUUAUUUCUUUCUCACAAAAGCUUCUACAUAUGCCCGUCGCCAUGUGGUUCUCUUUUUCUUCUCUUUUAUCCUGCUUACAUUAUGUUUUAUUUGCAUUUCUACAAUUUAAACUUCAAUUCUCUUUCUCUCUUACUCAUGCUCAUUUUUAAAUUCAUGGUGUAUUAUUUCUCUGUCCGAUGACAAGAACACUGAAUUUACAGUUUUAUUCAUGUACUAAUAAUUUUAUUAUGCUUUUAAGUUAUGUAUGAUAUUUAAACAGUUAUAAAUAUAUAGUAUAUAUAUAUAUAUAUAUAUGCAUUCCCUUUGACCUUCAGGUUAAUGCUGUGGGGAGUUUGAAGGUGAAAAUGAACCAUUUCUGGUUUUUCAUUUUCACCUCCUUGAUUUCCAACUGCUCGCAAAGACUCUGCCGGCAUAAAGCAUUUAGAAAUGCAGACUUUUAGACUAUUUAUACUUGCCAAUUUAGAGUUGUUGUUUUUUUUGCACAAUGCCAAAAAUAAGAUACGGUACCUAUGAGAAUUAUCACAAUAAUCGGAGUGCAGUUGAAUCUGUGUGCCACAGUGUUUUCAGUCCAAGUGUCCACUUCUGUGGUCUCAGCUGGUGGUUAUUCAGACUCUUGAACUGUGUCAUUUUGUCUCUUGUUUUUUUUCGGUUUCAUUGUUUUUUUGCUUGACUGUUAAAAAAAAAAGGUAUUACGAUGAAGGUCGAGCUGUUGUAUUGGCUUCAGCGUCGGGGCUUUUAAAGAGACGGGCGUCCAUGGCAUGUGACCAAGUUUAAACUAGUGCCUGUGUGUGUGUGCAUGCUUCACAGCGUGUUUGGGAUGUUUUGAGUUUUCAAACUCAAAAGAAUGUCUUAAAAACGGUCACCCACAACCUCCGUCCCAUGUCUGUCCAAGCUUUUUGUGAAGACUUGACUUGUGACUGAUAUCUUUGAAAGUAUUUAGGGAGUUAUCUUUUGGGAAACUGCUUUUGGAAAAGCAUUGAAUCGUGCCACGGUGAAAGAGGGGAGAUCUCAACAUGCCAACUUAUAGACUGGGCACAAAGACAGCUGGUUUGAAAAUACAUGACCUGUAUGUAACUUAAAAACCUUACGAGCUCGUCGGUGUACGAUGUGGAAGUGUCAAAGCGAGGUAGGGUACCUCGAUUCAGCUGAAAACACAGAGUUUUCUCAUGAAUGUAUUGUACAAUUUUAAGAGCGGACACACGUUUGGUCUUUGCUACCAUUCCGGUUACUGGCAGAGGUUGUCGAGGUCACUUUAGCGUUGACAUACAGUAGGCCUGGUACCACUCCUGCACGGUAAACCCACCCCUCCUUCAAUCUGCGUGUCCUUGAAACUUUCCUCUCUUAUCAGCCUCUCCUUGAUGUUUCACUUCCAGAUGUCUGAGAGGGGCAGCUCACUUCAAAGCCCAAUUAUCCCCACCACCGCCAGAUAAUCACUGCUGACAGCAGCCCCCAUCCCCUGUCCCGACCCAAAGUGACCCCCACCGCUCCUUCCCUCCUGUUCUCGCUCUCUGUUGGCAUCUUUAAUUUUAUUCCCCAUUCUUCUCCGAGGAACAAACCCCCCCCCCCCCCCCGGCUCUCACACUGACCAGGAACAAGUCUUGUGUUGUUCAGUAUUUUAUUUAUUUUGUAUUCUUAUUUCUAUAUAUUAUAUUUUGUACAAAUUGUUUGAUUUCCAUGGGUGAAGCGUGUUAGUCACGAUGCCAGCAGCAGCACGAUGUCUCAAAAUGGUACCAUUUAGUUAUUCUUUGUGGAAAUGCGUCUGUGUAACACUUUAUAAUGAAGACACAAAGCACUUGCUUAAUUAAUACGAGCGUGACUCAUGCUGAUUUAAUGUAUUCAUUUAUUCAGCAUGUAUUAUGAACUCCUGUUGCUCACCAAGUCCCUGUGAGUUUAUGAGAUUAGGUAUUUUCAAAUGGAUUAUCAAUUGAUGAUUCACUCACAGUUACUUCAUACAUACAUUUAAGCCACCAAAUUAUACAGAAGCCAGUUAAAUAGAAAAGGGGCAGUAUUGAUUCUUAUAGAAAUAUGAAGCUGUUUCUUGUUUUUGUUUUAUCAAACUGACAUUCAUGUGUUGCUGCAGAAAUAAUCUCUACUAUUGCAUGGCAUGUAUCCAAAUUUGGAGAAUUACAUUUUCCUGAUUUCCUUUAUGGGUUGAGAGAAAAUCUUCCAUUUAUUAAGUGAAGUUAAACACUUAAAAACCCAUUUGAUUGGCUGAACGUCUGAAAGUCUUUCUAAACUUUUAGUAGACAUUGUUGGAGAUGCAUGAACAGCGAUGCUACUAUAUAUAACUGGAAGCAAGCUAAUAUGGUGUCAAAUGAAUGAAUGUAUGAAGUAACUUUGAGUUCAUUAACUGGUCACAUAAACUUGCAGUAACUUAAUCACAGUGAGCAACAGGACUUCAUGACACAUGCCGCAUUCAUUCAUGCUUUAAAACAAACGUGUGUGUUAGUUUUGCAUUUACUUUAACGUGUGUUUGCACCUUUUAUUGUGAGGUGUUACGCUGACUUUCUACACAGAUGAAGGUGUUGAUCUUUAGUUCCCAUCGUGUUAGUUUGAACAUUAAUCACCAGUAUUUGGAUGCUUGUUGAGGUGGUCACUGUUUUCUCCAUUAAUUUAUUUAAACCUCUCCUUUCCUCACGCUCGUCAUGAGAGGGUGCAGCAGAUUACACACUGGAAGUGAGAGAGCGCAGAAUGUGUUUCUGUUGAAGUGCUCUACAUACUGGGCUCUGUAUGGGAGAACCCAGUUGUUUCAUUAUGUAUAGUGUCACAGCUCCAUCCUGUGGUCCACAGUUGUUAUUUUUCUGAGGGAGAAGCUGUCCUUUUUGAGCCGGUGGGAGUUUUUUUGUUCGGAAAUGUCAAGAUUGCAUGCGAGGAUGGAUAAGCACAGGGCCAUCUUAAUCCCUCUACAGCUUGAGUCCCACACAGGUGUGAACGUGUGCACCGUACAUACAGUAUAGAGCAUUUACUUGCAUCGGAUUAUGUGUUUGCUGGGGUGAGGACACUGGGACAAAAGCGGCGUCUGCACAGGAUAAAGUGAAUGGAAUAAGGCCACUAUUACUCUAAAAGGUGUUUUCAAAAUCUCCAAAGGCAACCGUGUCGAGCAGCUCAACUCUUUGGUUGUCAUGAUGCCUCACCUUAAAUAAAAGGGAAAAGUCAACAAUGUGUAUAUUAUGUCUGUGUGGAAACCUGAAAGUUCAGAUCCAAACGUGAGUGUUUGAUGUCCAUUUGUAUGCUUUUUGUGCGUCAAUUCAGAGCGAGAGAAUAAAUUAAUUUAUAUAUUUUUUAGAAAAUGAAAGCUGUACUAUUAUUGAAAAUAAAAAAAAGGACUGUGGCCAAUAAAGAGUCUUACACAACAGAAAUAAUCUCAAAGUCAGACUCAAGUCGACAUCUGCACUCACUGCCUUAAAACAUUCACAGGUUCUGUUUCACGGCUCUAAUCCGAGAAAAAUCCUAAACAGACUUUUCAAGGAGGGCGAGGAGAAGACAGUGUACAGUAGACCCUUGUCAGUCUGUACAAAUAUACCAAGUGAAAAACAAAUAUUUAUUACCUGCAUUGGAAGAAAUUGUUUACUUAUUGAAUGUUACCUGUUUAUGUAGAAAAGUUUAGAUGUAAUAAAAAUGCAUUCUGUUA